AAACACCGUAGUGACCAACGGACACGAGAAGCACACUACACCAAUAUGCACGCUUCAUGGCGCUUGCAGCUGCCUGCACUGACAAAUGCGUAUCUCACUUGGAAGCAUAACAGUUCGCUCAAUGUCGCUCAAACUUCGGCUCACAAGUUCCAGGUCACAGCGGUGCAUGUCUUUGAACUAGACUACUUUCAUGAUAUCACACAACAGCACGAAGAAGUCGCGAAUGUGUCUCUAUUGCAUGUGGGUCUACUCGGCUGCUCUCCUACUGCACCAACUGUUGCAAUUAGCCUGCAAUGUCUUGAGCUCUAUCAUCAGCUUCGACGACGGCAAUCUUCAUUCAGCAUCCAGGCAUUCACAAAGGUCUUGUGCGCAAUACAUAAUGUCAAUUACACGCAAACAUUCCGUGAUCAAUUUUCGAUCACAUUCAAUAUCUAUCUCACAAUACUUCGUAGUGUUUGGUCUCAAGUGGACAUGGCACUCGGCCGCACAGAUCCUGACUGGCGCCUUCGACAUGGUUGUCCGCCGUGCACGUUUGAGGUCAGUCAACCUAAUGAAUGUCCGCUGUAUCCUACCAGUCUCAAAGCAAUGGAUGGGAACAAUUCUGCAAAACACAUGGCAAAUGCUGGCAGUGCCGACCUCCGCAUCUUUCCCAGCAGAUACAUGAUUCCCCCGGAUCAAGUUGAUGUGUUCAAGGAUGACAUACGA